AAGGAUGACAUAUAUUACGGUGGCCUUAAAUGGCCUAAUUGCGGUUGGAGCCUAUUUUAUGGCGGUACGCAUUAUACCCCGCUUCAAGGAUAUGUUCAUCAAGGCAAAUCUCUUUGGCAAGGAUCUAUGCAAGAGAGACAAAAAAGAAAUACCAGAAUCUUUGGGAGUUUUGGUGGGCUGUGUCUUUUUGGUGGCAAUGUUUUUGUUUAUACCCGUACCGUUUACAUUGGAAGAAGCAGCUGCUAUGGAUGUAGAAACUGGUGGAAAACCGGCCACAUUUCCCCAUGAAGAAUUUGUUGAGUUGAUUGUCGCCCUAUUGUCAAUAUGUUGCAUGAUUUUGUUGGGUUUUGCCGACGAUGUCUUAGACUUGAGAUGGAGACAUAAACUGUUGCUGCCCACAAUUGCCACAUUACCAUUAUUAAUGGUAUAUUAUGUUAAUUAUAAUUCGACAACAAUUAUAAUGCCGAAGUUUGCAAGAGGCAUUUUUGGUUAUUCCUUAGAUAUUGGUGUUUUGUAUUAUAUUUAUAUGGGAAUGUUGGCUGUGUUCUGCACCAAUGCCAUUAAUAUAUUGGCCGGCAUUAAUGGCCUAGAAGUUGGUCAAUCUCUGAUUGUUGCUGCUUCAAUAUUAAUAUUCAAUGCAAUUGAAUUGUGCCUGGGACACCAAGUCGAUGGUCAUAAGUUCAGUGUUUAUUUAAUGCUACCAUUUUUGGCUGUAUCAUUAGCUCUGUGGAAAUAUAAUAAAUAUCCCUCACAGGUGUUUGUCGGUGAUACGUUCUGCUAUUUUGCUGGCAUGACUUUCGCCGUUGUCGGCAUUUUAGGUCAUUUCAGUAAAACUUUAAUUCUCUUUUUUCUGCCACAAAUCAUAAAUUUCCUCUACUCCAUACCACAACUGUUUAAAUUUGUUCCCUGCCCCCGGCAUCGUUUACCCAAAUAUGAUCCACAAACGGAUCUGCUGCACAUCAGCACAACGGAAUUUCGUAAAAAUGAACUGAAUAUUUUGGGUAAACUAAUGGUUACCGUUCUGAAGACAUUCAAAUUAAUCACAUGGCAAGAAAUGCCCGACGGUCGGGUAAUAACGAAUAAUUUCACCUUAAUUAAUUUCGUAUUGGUGGUAUUUGGUCCGGUACACGAACGCGUAGUGACACAAAUGCUGAUGGGCGUACAGAUUAUUUGUUCGAUUGUGGCAUUUGUGAUACGUUAUCCGCUGGCUAGUUAUGUCUAUGAUACGUAGCUGGAAAUUGAGUAAUUAAAGUGUGUGCGAAAUUG